AUGGGCCUCUACCGCAUGAGGGGGCGAUCUGUGAGGACACUUCCGGUUCUCCAGCACGCCCCGCCCCUCCCGGCCGGCACCGCGCACGCGCUCCAUGGCGGUGCCCCGGCUCCUGCUCCGCGCGGGGGGGAGACCCCGGGCCCCCAGCAGCGCCCCGGCCCGGUACCAGCAGCCCCUGAGGCCGGGGGCCCGGGGAGGCAGGUGGCCGAUGGCCCGGGCAGAGGCAGCAUCCUGGGGCCAGCUGGGCCGCGGAGCCGGCAGGAGGCGCUGGGGCUGUUGGAGGCAGCGGUUGUGUAUCGGGCAGGGCCACUGGUGGCCGUCAGCAAGCCCCCGGGCCUGGCUGUGACAGGCAGUCCAGGGCAGCUGAGUUUGGUUUCGCUGCUCCCAGAUCUGAGCCAGAGGCUGAGUCUCCCUCCUGAGCUCCAUGUGGUCAAAGCAGCUGGGAAGGACAGCUCUGGCCUCGUGCUUCUCUCCAGCUGCCCUGGCACCACGCAGCAGCUCCAUGCGUUCUUCACGCAGCUCCGGAGAGCAGGGCGCCCCCCCGCCACUUACCGCGCUGUCACUGCCGGGGUCCCAGCUGCCGUGGAGGGGGAGAUCCGCACAGGACUGAAGCUGGAGCAGGUUGGGGACCUGCAGCUGGUGGUGCCGGUGGCUGCCCCGUCCCGACGCAGCGUGGAGAGGAAGGAGGUGAAGCAAACCCUGACCCGCUACAAGGUGCUGGGCGCGGCUCCGGGCUGCGGCCUGGUGCAGCUCCAGCCCAUGACAGCCUUUCCCGGCCAGCUCCUGGUGCACCUGACGCUGCUGCUGUGUCCUGCGCUGGGCGACCACGUGUACUCCGCCCGUGUGGGCACGGUCCUGGGGGAGCCCUUCCUGCUGCCUGCAGGGAGCGCUCUGCCGCGCACACAGGUCCUGGGCGAGCAGCUGCUCCGCAGGCUGCACCUCACUCAGCAGCUGCUGCAUCGCCUGCCACUGCAUCUCCACCUGCACCAGCUGCUCCUCCCGACAGCUAGUCUCACUGCGCCGCCUCCGCCCUUCUUCCUCCAGACGCUCCGUCUGCUGGGACUCCCUGGGGACCAGAGUGCGCCGUGACGGGGCGCACCCUGGGGUGGCCCUGCUCAGCUGCCCCCAGCUGGACCCGCCCUGACCCAGAAGGCCACUGAAGCAAGAGGCAGGCCCAGCUCUGUGGGAGAGAGGGCAUUUCCCACCCCUGGGGAUGCUGCUAGCAGAGCUCUAGGUUCGGGUCUCUGCAUCCCGCUGGUGGGACUCCUCGCAGGGAUGGUCUCCGGGAUGGCUGAAUAGCCGUGAACAUGCAGCCUUCCCCCUCUUCCUGGAAGGCUCCGUGCAGGAUGGUGGCGCCGCUGGGCUGCUGCUCCGGACUCCUCCCUCUCGGUGUGGGGGCGUGGCAGGACAGCCCACCUGGUGUGUGCCACCAACAGACUGGUUCUCGGAUUUAGCCACAUUGAUCUUUACAUGGCCCAAACUGGAGCUCCCACUGCUGGCAGGGAUCCUUCUGCCUCUCAGGACCUUUCCUGCUCUUCCCCAGGCCCCCCUCCCCCCAUUUCUCAGCCUUGCCAAAGGGUUGGUUUGGGGUCUUGUCUCGUGGCCCCCUCUGGCUCUGUCAGCUGCACCUGUGCAAGGGCCUUUGGCCUCCCUGGCCCGUCCCACGUCCCCUCUGUCUCAUGGGUGUUCAGCGCCGCGUCAGGGACAGGGUCGGUGCUCCCCAGCGGCUGGGAUCAGCAGCCCCUCCUUGGAGGCAGGACCCACACUGCUGCCCCCACCUGCAAUUGUCCCACCAAACCAGUGUGGCCCCAGCUACGCCCCCGCUGUUCCCUGGUGCUCGUGGGGCUGGGGUUCUAGUCAGCUGUCUGAGCAGAGCUGUGCUGGCCCCGCCUGGCGGGGGUGCGCCCUGCAGCUAGCCUGGGGGGGCGGCCCGGCUGCGUGCAGACACAGCAUAGCCCAUCUCCCACUGGCGCUCCAUGCGGCGACAGCACCUUGCCCCACGCUCUGGGGAGGGGUGUCUCCGAGAAGCUUUAAAGCCCUGUGUGUGCUGGCACCGUGCUCCUGGGUGGGUGGGGCUAGAGCCCUGAGGGCAGGGACUCAAUGAUCCAGGCCCCCCCAGCCCAGCAGGUUUCACAGGGGGAGACAGCAGCAGUGAGCAUGUCCUAGAAGCCCUUGCACUGGCUGCCACUAGGAAUAAGCUGUUGCAAGGAGCUGCAAGUCUGCAAAGGAGUUGUGAGCAGUAGCGGUUCAUUUCCCCCUCUUGGGUGUGAGGCUGUCCUGUGGGGUGCGGCAGGAACCCCUCCCAGGCCCAGUUCAGCUAGACCAGUGGGGGAACAGGGCCCAGCUUGGAGGGGAGCCCUGACAGGCUGUUGGAUGCCAUGGCCCUGCAGGCCUCUUCCUGGCCACAGAGCAGAAAGCCCCCUUGGAGAGGCAACUUCUCUGGCCCUGGCCCUGCCUGUGAGUGUGGCCUUCAGGGGCUUCUCCCCAGAGGGCAGGCCCCCUUGUGCCCUGUUCAUGGCCAUGGAGUCCUGCUGCUGGAGGCAUCAGAGCAGCGGGGCCAGUGCAAACACCCUGUGCUCCACUGUGUUAGAACUAGGGUAUUUUCUGUGUGUUAAAGGUGUAGGUGCCCAGACUGCAUCCAAACCAUGGUGCCAAAUCCUCCCAGGCAAGGGCAGCUGCAGGGGUGGGGGGCUCUGGCUUUCUGGUGUAUGCACUCCCAGUGUACCUCCUGGGGGAUUUGGGGGAAUCCAUGUACAAAACAUGAAACUGCUGGAUCAUUGGACACCUCCAUGUAGGUGGAGUUUGCCCUAGGCCGUCAGGUUGCCCUCUCCAGCCCAGGGAGAGGGGGGCAGUCGUACCCCAAGGGACGAGUGCCUGUGCUGGGAACAGUCUGCAAGGAGGGGCUUGGACCAGCCUGCGGAGCCAGGUGUUGGAGGUGGGGUUUAUAAACGCUGAGGCACUCACAGGUAGGGCUGCUUGUUUUGGUUAGAUGUAUUCAUCACGACACAAUCUUUAAUUAAAGCUUAAUC